CGAGCUUCUAUGAUUGAAGAACAGUCAUGCGUGGUUUGUUGGGUUUUUUUUAUUUCCAAGGAAGAGCGACAACCAAAAACAAGAACUCUGAUUACAACGUAAGUACUUAUAACCACACGUCGAGACACCACGAAAGCCUAGUAUAGUACUUACGCAAACAACGUUUGCCUUACGCGACUUCUUUAUUUUUUCAUCGGACAUCAACGCAUGAUCGGUCAAUAAAUAGUGCGUUCAAUAUUCUUACAUUCAUAGUGUAAUAACACCUCCUACCUCGUCUUUUUGCUCUGCAGCCCUGUAUCCUGACCAGGAACAGCAAUGGCGCCCCCCGUGAUUGAAGAUCCUGCUCGAAAAGUGCACCAGUACGCCGCCGGUAGCACUGCGCAGCUGGUUCCUCCCGCUGCGGUCCGCGCGGAGAGCCUGCAAUCCCUGCACUCUUCCAUCGGCAUGCACCUGCUGGAGAAUUUUGACUCGAUUGUGGCGCGCCAGGUGAAUACGUUGUCCAUCAACGCGUGGGAACUGUGCGGCAUGAAGAAACUAGGGCAGGGAAAUGAGCUCUUCGGCGUUGGAAAGGGGUUGAAGUUGAAGAUUUUGAGUUUCCUCGGCGACGAGGAUAUGUUUGACGACGAGGUCGACACAUUAUUCGCCGAAAAAAUCCAGAAACAGCAACACCAAGACCACGAAAAGCGUUGCAAGGCGGUGCUGAGGAAAAUAAAACGGGAAAUCACAAAAGCAGUGCAGGCAGACCACUGUACCAAAAGCAAAUGCUUUUGGUGGCGGGCCGACGCACUGGACACGGCGGCCUAUCCCACGGGGCCGCAAACGCCAUCGGACGCGCGAGUUGGCUCGGGCGAUCAAACGUUUUUCGACUUUAGCGAUAUGAGGAUGAUCCGCUUGAUCGAGCAGACCGGGCUCACCGUUGUCUGGUACGGGAUAUACGAUGGGGGUUAUCUGCUGGAAAUUGGAUGGUGAGUGUGGUAUAGAUAUAAAGUAGAAGAAGUAAAAGACAGGCACGAAGAAGCUGAAGCGGAAGCCUCUCCAGGCACAACCGCCAGCACCAUGCGCACACGACAUAACGGACCGACAAUUUUGGUUUUGCUUAUCCUCACCAGGCGCCCGCACGCGGUGUUGGAUUUGGAACUCGCUGUAUGAAUGAAUUUCCGUUUCGCAAUCCUCCUCCUCGUUGGUGACGAGGACGAAGAUAGGAUCCUUUCUUUAAACGAUCAGGAAAGGUAUUUAUUAAAGCGCAAGCAGUAGAUCUAGGUGAAUUAUGAGGCGCAUGAUUUUUCUUCUGCGGUAUGGGACAUUGAUAGGCAAUCUGUUCGUUCUCGCGAUCCGUUCUACGUUUACAAUGUACAUCACGGAGAGCAGAACCUCAUACAUGAAGAUCCUAUCUGAUCUCUGUCUUGUCGUGAUACAGCUCAUCUUUAACCUUCUGAUCUACUUUAUUGAUAUCAAACACAAACUCGUGGUGUAGUACAUGGCUU